UUUCCGACACAGGAAAAGGCAGCGGCGCCGAGCGGGGCGGUGGGGGCGGCCGUGCUGGGAGGCAGCACCGCGGCCCUGCCAUGGACUGCGAGGCCAAGAAGGGGAAGAAGGGCUUUGUGUCGCCCAUCAAGCGGCUGGUUUUCCCCAAAGCGGCUCGGAGGCCGGCGCUCCGCAGCAGCGUCUACCGGCGGCCGCUGCACUCAGUGCCCCUCUACCCCCCCGAUUACCUGAUCGACCCCCAGAUCUUGCUGCACGACUACGUGGAGAAGGAGGUGAAGUUUUUAGGCCACCUGACAUGGGUGACAGCCUCCCUGAACCCUUCCAGCCGGGAUGAGGUGCUGCAGCUGCUGGACACAGCCAGGCAGCUGAAGGAGCUGCCGCUGCAGACGACGCCGGAGCAGGACAGCAUCCUCAGCCUCUCCGCACGCUGCCUCCUGCUCACCUGGCGCGACAACGAGGAGCUGAUCCUGCGCAUCCCCACCCACGAGAUCGCCGCGGCGUCCUACCUGCGCGAUGACGCCCUGCAUCUCCUCAUCCUCAAAACCGGCCUGGGGGUGGACCCGGUCCCUGCUGGAGCGCACCCCGAGGUGGCCCCCAUUGGUUUGCCGGAGUCGUUCCCGGCUGAGAAGCGGCCGGGAGGUUCAUGGCCGGAGGGUGGGCGGCUGGGGGGCCCGAUGGAGCGGCGGCACACCAUCUGCAGCCUGGACUGGCGGGCAGCGCGGGGUGGGCAGGAGGGCCGGCAGGGCGGCAGCCUGGAGCGGCGGCGGGGCGGCAGCUGGGAGCGGCGGCAGCGCGGGCGGCCCUCGGGCAGCUGGGAGCGGCGGCAGCCCUGCGGCGGCAGCUGGGAGCGGCGGCGGGCCGGUACCGUCGGCGGCAGCUGGGAGCGUGGUGCCGGCUUCGGCAGCUGGGAGCGGCGGCACGCCGGCAGCAACCCCCUGGACCCUCAGGACCCCUGCCCCGACGCCUACUCCAACCUCAUCAUCCUCGCCGUGCCCAACAGGGACGCUGGCGAAGAGUCCUGCGCGCUCAUCUGCCAGGUCUUCCAGAUCAUCUAUGGGGACCAGAGCAUCGAGUGCGUGGAUCGCGCCGGGUACCACUACACCUCGACACCCACGCGGCCCUGGCUCUCCAGCAGGAGCGACAGCUGCCGUACGGACGGGACGUACGGCUACGACGCCGACUUCAGCUGCUGCAGCUCCUUCAACGGCUCCCAUGACACCUUCGAAGCGUAUUACAGUGGCGCCUCGUCACCCUCCUUCCACCAGUCCCACCACAGCUUGGCCACCGCCUGCAGCGGCAGCGACCAGAGCAGCGCAGGGCUGGAGCAGCUGCAGGACUACAUGGUCACGCUGCGCAACAAGCUGUCACCGCAGGAGAUCCAGCAGUUUGCCCUCCUGCUCCGUGAGUACCGCCUGGGCACGCCGGUGCAGGAGUACUGCGGGGAGCUCCUGCGCCUCUAUGGGGAUCGCAGGAAAUUCCUCCUCCUGGGAAUGAGGCCCUUCAUCCCCGACCAAGACAUCGGGUACUUUGAGACCUUCCUGGAGAGCAUCGGCAUCCGGGAGGGUGGGAUCCUCACCGACAGCUUCGGCCGCAUCAAGCGCAGCAUGAGCAACACAUCGGCCUCGGCCGUGCGCAGCUACGACAGCUGGUCCUUGCGCUCGGAGUCCGAGUCCUUCAACCGCAUGAUCACGGACAUCACCCACGACAUCGAGGCGCUGGCACGGGAUGAGGAAGAGGAGGAGGAGGAGGAAGAGGACAACUACCUGUGAGGGGGUGCCAAAACCCAGCUCCCUGCUCGCUGACACAGUGCUGCACCUCCAAGCCCAGACGUGCCAAGUGCCCAGCUCUGCCACAGUGCCUGGGACAGGGGAUGUUGUCCCCCUGUUUGUCACCAUGGGAGGCGACAUGGGUUUCGCACCACCCUGGCAGCUCUCAGAAGGGCUGAUGGCAUCGCAGGGCAGCCCUGGCAGUGGGGGAGCCCCCGGCCGGCAAUGCCAUGUGCUGUAAUUUCUGCAGAUUGCAAUUAAAUGCCAGCACUGGG